AUGAACAAUGGAAAGCGAGCAGGCGAGAAGGACGCGCUCGGCGCAGCGUUCCGAUUGCUCAACGCGCUCGGAGCUUCAGCGAGGGCGAUCGUGUGUGUGCUCGGGCAGCCGCUUGCGCGGUUGCUGGUGAACUGCUUGACGCACUCCAACGCAACGAGACAGAAGAUGAGCGUGUUCAAUCCGUUCGACUCGCUGUCUGCCGCAGCGCAGCUCGAGCAGCAGAACCAGCAGAAUCAGCUUCACCACCAGCAGCAGCAGCAGCAGCAGCAGCAGCACCAGGCGCACUUUCUGCCACCCCACCAACCCCAACCCCAACCCCAGCAACAACAACAACCACAUCCACAUCCACAGCAGCAGCAGCAGCAGCAGCAGCAGUACUUUGCGCCCUUCUACUUGCCAGGUCAGCAGGCGGCGGCCUCGUCGUCGUCGUCGUCCCCGUUCGUCCUCCCGCCACAGCAACCACAGCAACAACCAUCACAUCAGCAGCAACAGCAGCAACAACAGCAGCAGCACGCGGCACUCCAGCAGCAGCAGCAGCAGCAGCCUCAACUGACCCCAUCCCAACCACAGCAAUCCCAAUCCCUCCAGCACCAGCACCAGCACCAGCAGCAGCAGCACCAGGCAGUCGCUGCAGCACUAUUGGGUGGACAGGCGGACAUGGCCACUGCCGCCGCCGUCGCUGCCGCCGCUGCCGCCGCCAUGUCCAGUGCAGCGGUCCCGCAGCCGUUUGCUGCCGAGGCCGUCGAGGAAGAGCCACUAUACGUCAAUGCAAAGCAGUACCAUCGCAUCCUCAAGCGGAGGCAAGCGAGAGCAAAACUCGAGGCAGAGAACAAAAUCUCAAAAGAGCGACAGCCUUAUCUGCACGAGUCAAGGCACAAGCAUGCACUCAAGCGAGUACGAGGCGAAGGUGGGCGAUUCCAAACGAAGAAAGGUGGCGACGCCUCCUCAAGUAAUACACCUUCGCUGCCAGAUUCCCUUUCGGCUAGCCCGACACCCGAGAAUGGUCAAUUCCUGUUUGGACAGCAAUGAGCAAGUCAUUGUCGCCAUUCCAAUCGAUUUGUUGCGUGCAUUCAUUUUUUCUUUCCUUGUUUCGUUUGUCCUUUCAUCGUAUUCAUCGCUGUUUUUUUGGUUUGCUUUCGGACUUUCUUUUCGUGCCUUGGCUUGACGCCGUUUUUGCUGAUCAGCUCUUUGUCGCAACGAUACUCAAAAGCUUUGUACAAUGUUGCCGGCUCGGGCUGAUUGAUUAAAAAACCAUCACAAA